CGGUAAAAAUGUAUUUGCUCGCAUUCAAUUUGUUGGCUUGCUCUGAGCGCUCAAGUGAUUGAUCUUUGCAGAUAUUUUCAGUGAAAACUUUAAGUGUAAAGUGAAAAUUUAAUAGUAAAAUACUAAAAAAAUAUAUUUUACUUAACAUUAAGAAAUUAGUUUGCAUAAUAGAUUCAGUUUAUGGAAGGAUUAAAGACAUAUUUUGAUAUACCAACGAAUGGCUUUGUUUGUUUGCGUAGACAUAGCAGAAAACCAAAACCGGAAGCAAUAUUAAAAUUGAGAGAGUGAGAGCGGAAAAAAAUAAAUAAAUAAAAAAUAAAAACAUCUUCGUAUGUAUUUUACAUUUCACUAAGUCGCUAGUGUAUGCGUAUGCGUGCAUCUGUGAGUGUGGGAAAUUAAAUUGUCACAAUACAAAUUUCUUAGUUGCAAAGUCGCCGAUCGUGCGUGAGUUGGAACCAGAGAGAGAGAGAGAGAGAUCUGGAAACUCUACGCCUAUGUUAGUGCGUUCUAUGUGGCAGAUACUUCAUUACUACAAAUGUAUGUACAUAAUUACUUAAAAAUGUCUAAACCAGUGGAGGACUAUUGGUAGGCAUUGGGGUCAAGAAUACCCAUCCACAACGUAAACAAACGACGAUUGCUUUGAAAGCAAUGACUAAGACAUCUAAGAAAAUGUCUGGUAUUACUAACAACAACAACAACAACAACAACAUCAAUACAAAUAACAAUACCAUAAACAAACUGAGUGAAAAGUUUUUAAGUACAAAUACAACAAAAAACAUAGAAGUGUCUACUCUGCCAGCUGGUGCCAACACCACCACAACCAACAAUAACAACGCCAUCUCCCUUAAUAACCCGAAAUCACAUAGCAACGACUGCGACAAAAUAACACAACAGCAAUUUUCUGCUGCGAUUUCAAGCAAAUUACAAGCCCCACAAUCACGUCGCUCGCUCCCAGCUCCUAGCACAACGCAACGCUCACUCCAACAGCAACAUCAUCAUCAGCAGCAGCAACAGCAACAGCAAAGCGUGACGACGAAUUCCUCGGUUUUGCCAUCAGCCAACACAAUUACGAAAUACUCAAGCAGCGCCACAUUGCCUUCACACCAACUUCAAACCAUUGCCACCGUACACCAUCAUCACUCGCAACAGCACGCGACGGAGGCAACUAUCGCUCCCAGUGGUACUACAAAAGCCGCACAACCACAGCAGCACCAUCCCACAUCCUCGAAUAACGUGAAGGAUCAUCAUCACCACCAUCAGCCGGCGACAUCGAAGCAUUUGAGUAGCGAAAGUGACGGCACAAUUACCAGCGCACCUUUGUCCACUAAUUCCGUCACCUUACAGCAACAGCGCAACGCAUACAAUCUGCAGGCGCUUAAGGCCGCCAAUCAUUUGAAGGCACCAGCUCACUCCAUACCGCCGCGGUAUCAGCCGCCACCCCAACCAGCUGGUAACCAGGCUGGCAUAUUGAAGCACAUAAGUAAUUUGCGUAGCAGCGGCGGCGGUGCUGAAAGUGUGGAAACCCUGCUUGGCCAACGUCCGUCCGCAGUUGGCAAUAAGCAUCACACCACGUCAAAUUUCGAUACAACGCACUUCAAUCUUAAAUAUCCACCGGAUAUACCGCAACUGUCGCCUGUCUAUAUACCAGAUUCACUGAAAUUACCUGGUGGCAGCGGUCGCUACUUGCAAACGCAUCAAACGCUUUCGCAGCGGCAACCCACACGACUAACAGGCAGUGUCGCGAAUCCGCAAUACUUUUACAACUCACAUCAACAACAACAACAGCAGUAUCGCCAGCAACAGGUGGAGCAGCAACAGCAGCAGCAUCAACAAGAUAUGCUUAAGUUUGUGCGAAAAACUGAUCAGGAUCAUCCAUCGCCAAAUGCUUCGAUUACCUCGAGUGCAGCAGCCGUGCCAACGGGCGGCACUCGGCUCACGGCCGAACAAAAUAGACAAUUACAGGGUCUUAUCAAUGAGCUGCGUGUGUUGAAGGAACAAAAUCAACGUCUACUCGAUGACAAUCAGGAAUUACGCGACCUAUGCUGCUUUCUUGACGACGAUCGACAGAAAGGUAGAAAACUCGCAAGAGAAUGGCAACGCUUCGGAAGAUAUACGGCCAGUGUGAUGAGACAGGAAGUGGCAGCCUAUCAGCACAAAUUACGUCAACUCGACGAUAAACAACAAGAAUUGAUUACCGAUAAUCUGGAGUUGAAGGAAUUGUGCCUAUAUUUGGAUGAAGAACGUACACAUAUUGCGGCGAAUGCACUUUGCGCCAAUUGUGGUGCCUCAGUGCGCAAUCCAUUACGCGAUGAUGGUGAUGGCAGUAGUUCCAGCACAAAUGCGGAGGAAACUCUUUCUGCGUUACGAAAUUAUGAGCGUCAAAUGCCCGAUUCCACACUACGCACAACGCUUAGUGAUCAAACGGUUCAGUAUGUAAGAUCGUUGGAACGGCGUAUACGACAAUUGGAAGAGGAACGUGUGGGUACUACGACACCAACAGCCAAUAUCAUAGUUUCACAGCAUUCCCAACCUCAGGCGCAAACGCAAUCGCAACCCCAACAACAGCAGCAACAACAGCAACAGCAACAGCAGCAGCAACAACAAUCGGCACAAAAUGCGCUCAUCGAUCCGAUUUCGAGUCGCCCCGAAGCUGUGGUACGUGCACUCCAGGUACUCGAAGUACGUGAACAAUUGGAACGAGAUCGUCUCAGUGGACUCAUUGAAAAUUCAAGAGACCAAAUGGAUGACGGCGAGAAGGCUUUGGUGCGAGAAAUGUGUAAUGUGGUAUGGCGUAAAUUGGAAAGUAAUGUUCCAAACGUUUCAAGUAGUAUGUAGUAGAGUAGAAAUUACGAAAAACAAAAUAUUUCCAACUUUAAUCAUUAAAUGAAAUACUAAUUUACACUUUUACAUUUGCAUAGAUUUGUAUUUAUAUACUUGUGGUAAUCCUUACGGACAAGUAGAUUCAAAGCAUUUUUUCAACAUCACAAAUAUAUAUUUUAAUAUUUAUACAUACCUA